AUGACGUCUCACAUUGAGCAACCGUUGACACUGAAAAAUGGCUUAACGCUGCCAAACCGCCUAGCCAAGUCUGCCAUGGCAGAGAACUUAGCAGAUCAGGAUCUUUUACCAACUGAUCAAAUCUAUACUGCUUACAAGACCUGGGCCAGCGGCGGCUGGGGACUUAUAAUCACAGGAAACGUUCAAGUUGAUCCUCGCCACCUAGGUCAGCCUGGAGAUAUCGCCAACAAUGACUCCAUUGACAGGAGCCGCAUUGUUGAAAGCUGGAAGAAGUGGGCAUCUGCUUCCCGAAGCGGCGGAACUCCAACUGUGGUCCAGAUCAGUCAUCCCGGUCGGCAAUCGCCAGCCGGCGCUGGUACUAGAGGGUUUUUUGACAAGACACUCGCUCCAAGCGCUAUCCCUCUGCGACUCGGAAGAGGUGUGUUCGCGGCCGUUAUCUCCAGAUUGCUGUUUGGAACGCCAAGAGCCAUGACGGUUAAGGAGAUUCUGGAUAUCCAGGAUCGCUUCGUCAAGACUGCAGUCCUCGCUGCUGAAGCUGGAUUCGACGGCGUAGAGGUACAUGGAGCACACGGAUAUCUCCUCUCACAGUUCUUGAGCCCCAAAACCAACCAGCGGACUGACGAAUAUGGGGGUUCAGCUGGAAAGAGGGCAAAGAUUGUAGUGGACAUCAUCAAGGCUGCCCGCAAGGCUGUGCCACCAAGCUUUACAAUUGGUAUCAAGUUCAACUCAGUUGAUCACCAGUCUUCGCAAGCCCUGGAGGAUUGUAUCGAACAGCUCCGUUUAAUCACAGAUGCUGGUAUCGAUUUCCUCGAAAUCAGUGGUGGAAGCUAUGAAGAGCCAAUUGGUGUUGCCGACCCUGACAAAGUCCCAGCCGUCAAGAAAGAAAGCACAAAGGCUAGAGAAGCCUUCUUCCUUGACUUUGCGACAGCCAUCAGAGAUCAAUUCCCUGGCCUUCCAUUACUCGUCACAGGCGGGUUCCGGAGCCGUAAGGUGAUAGAAGAUGCUUUAGCAAAUGGUUCGCUCGACAUUGUUGGUUUAGCGCGGCCAGCCAUGUUGGAUCCCUCUGUACCGACAAAUACACUUCUGAACAAAAACAAGAAGGACGAAGAGGCACGAGCUAUUGCUGUCUCUGUUCCAACGCCUUGGCUGCUGAAGAAGAUUGGCAAUUAUAUCAUCGGCGCUGGGCUUGGUAUGGAAAGAAGAUUAAAACCUUAG